CGCGGUCGGUCCCCAUCCCCAUCGCCACCGAAACCAAUCUCCCGAGCGUCUCGUAUCGUAUCCAUAGGCUGCGCCACACCGCACCGCACCUCUCACCUCGGUGCACAGCGGACCGGCGCAGCUCUGCAGUUCGUUUGGUGGCGCGCCUUUACUGCCGCCCAACCGCAUGGCGGUUUAAUUGCCUCUGCCCGCCUGCCCUCCCUCGCUCGCUAUCUCAAUCCCUCGCUCGGGUACUCCUGCCGCGGCGCCCCAGCCUGCGCCUGCGCCUGCCAGAACUAAUGCGGUGACUCACCGACGACGCGCGCAUUCACGCCCCAGCUACCACCGCAUCCGCGCGCAGGAGAUGGGCGAGAGGAGGAGGCGCGCGACCGCCGUCGCCGGCGGGGACGGCCGGGCGGAGGAGAAGGCCGCGGCGCCGGCGCCGACGGUGUGGUUCGCGCUCAAGAAGUCGCUGCAGUGCCGGUCCCAGUCGUCGGAGGUGCACGUGCCCAAGCCCAAGGCCAGCGCCACCUCCGGCGCCGGCGGUGGACUGUCAUCCAUCGUGACCAAGCGCGCGGCGCGGUCCGGGUGCUCGCGCUCCAUCGCCAACCUGCGGGACGUCAUCCACGGGAGCAAGCGCCACCCGGGGCAGCCGCCCAGCUGCAGCCCGCGGUCCAUCGGCAGCAGCGAGUUCCUCAACCCCAUCGCGCACGAGGUGGUGCUCAGCACCAACUCCCGCUGCGAGCUCAAGAUCACCGGCUUCGGCGGCGGCCUCGGGGCGGCGGGGGGAGGAGGAGGGCCCGCGCACGACGCGGAGGGCGGCGGCGACGGCGGCGGCGUCGUGUCGUCCUUCGUGGGCACGCUCCGCCCCGGCACGCCGGGGCCCGGCUGGAGCCACGGGCUGCAGUACAGCGGGUCGUGCCGGGCGGGCAGCAUGCGGUGCACGCCGCCGAGGUCGCCGAACCCGCUCCUGGACAGGGACGGCGCGGCCGCGACCACGGCCACGGCCCACCGCGCGUCCUGCGAGGUCGACGCCGCCAAGACCGGCGGCGGCAAGGGCUCCGGCGGCCUCAGCUGCCACAGGUGCGCCGAGCAGUUCGGCAAAUGGGAGGCGCUGGAGGCGCACCACCUGUCCAAACACGCAGUGACGGAGCUGGUGGAGGGGGACUCGUCGCGGAAGAUCGUGGAGAUCAUCUGCCGGACGAGCCUGCUCAAGUCGGAGAGCAGCUGCGUGCGGAUCGAGCGCGUGUUCAAGGUGCACAACACGCAGCGGACGCUGGCCCGCUUCGAGGAGUACCGGGAGGCGGUGAAGCUCAAGGCGAGCAAGCUGGCCAAGAAGCACCCGCGCUGCCUCGCCGACGGCAACGAGCUGCUGCGCUUCCACGGCGCCACGCUCGCCUGCGCCCUCGGCUCCGCCGGCGCCAGCAGCCUCUGCGCCUCCGACAAGUGCGCCGUCUGCCGCAUCAUCCGCCACGGCUUCUCCUCCUCCUCCUCCUCCUCCAAGAAGGACGGCAAGGCCGGCGUCGGCGUCUUCACCACGUCCACCAGCGGCCGGGCCUUCGAGUCCGCCGACCAGCAGGACGACCCGGCGGCGCGGAGGGCGCUGCUGGUGUGCAGGGUGAUCGCCGGGCGGGUGCACAAGCCGCUGGAGAACGUGAGGGAGUUCGUGGGGCAGGCCGGGUUCGACUCGCUGGCCGGCAAGGUCGGGCCCUACGCCAACAUCGAGGAGCUCUACCUGCUGAACCCGAGGGCGCUGCUCCCCUGCUUCGUGGUCAUCUGCAAGCCCUGAUCAUCGACCCCAUUCCCGCGCUAACCGAGCUUCUCUGAAUUAACCAUUCUUUUUCUCUCUCGGUUGCCUGCCACUGCCACUCUGUUAACGUUUGCACGGGCCAUGACGCGGUGCGGCUGCCUGCUGGUAGCAUCGGCCAGACGCGUUUUGUCCAUACUCCUGUGAAUGUACGUGAAUGCCUUCACGUGUAGGAGCUGAUCGCCUCACCGUUUUCCUUUCCCGGUGGUCACGACGCACGCCGUGCUAAUUUGCUAGACGACAUGGGCGCAAACCAGCGAUUGCUUUUGGUACGUGCUCCGUUUUGUUGAUAGCAGGAGCGUUUCGCAUGCGUGCUCGUCUGGCUACUUGGGUUGUGUACCCUCGCUGCAUGGACACCCGAACAAAUUUUACCCGUAGCAGAGCAUCAGGUUUCAAGAGAGGUAGAAAGUGCCUAGUAUGUUUGUGGGAGUAGGGUCAAUGCACCUUCCUGGUUUGUGCAAGUGCAGCUGUACUCCGUAUUUGCUUGCCGGCCUAAGGCAGAGAGAGGCGUAGAGUUGUGUUUUCAAAUGUUUGUCUGACUUUUCGGUGGUCGUCUUGGAAUAGAUUCGAUUCCAUGCAUGCAUGCAUAUUUAUUUUCAAA